CAGUAUAGUGAUGCUAACAGGAUACGGCUGUAUUGCGCUUCACUACCUCCUUGAGCUUCACAUUAUAAAAUUAGUUAGAAUGUUACAGGGUGUUCAAUAAAAUAGUGGCAGACUGAACUUGCUCUUUUAAAUGGAAUACCCUGUAUUUUAUUUUAUAUUUGAAAUCUUCUUAACUUUCCCAUUACAAAAAUAUAAAGGUUUGCUUUAUUAUACAGGGUAUUUACAAAGUUAUAACCAAUUUUCUAAGAAAAUUGUAACUAGUUCAACUCCCUGUAUAAAAAAAAUAAGCACAACAACAAUGGUUUAUUGAUGCCAUAUUUUUUUCUUGAUCGUUAAAAUUUUAAAAAAUAGUUGAUAUUGCUAAUUUUCUUUAUAUCAAAUAAAGGGUGAGUGAAAACGCAAGUACAUACAUUCUCAGUAAUUUUAAAUGGAAAACCCUGUAUUUUAUGUCACUAUCGAAAAGUACCAUUACCGUACUUUAAUUUUUAUACAUAUAGAUAAUAUUCCCUACGCCUACGUCUAAAUCUAUUAAUUUUUGGGAUAUGUAUUUUCAUUUUUCAGAGCAAAUUAAUAACUGUGUCUAAAUUUCUCCAAAUUGUAAGUAAGCCAUGACUGAAGUGUCUAAAACUGACAGUUUACGAUUACAUACCGUUUAUCAGUCCAGUAAUCAAUGUUGUUCUGAAGCUAUUUUCUUAUGGCAUUUUUAUAAGCCACAAUUUUACCAAAAAAUGAAUUUAUUAACGUUUCGACGCCCAAGUCGGGUGUCGUUGUCAAAAUACAAAAUAAUACUAAAUAAGCAAAAAUGUUGCUGCUUAGUAAAAAAUUCUUCUAAUAAUUUAUUUAAUCUGACUCAUUUAUAUCGGCAAUUCAGGCACGUAUUAUACAUUUUAAAGUAGAAGACUUUAAAAUGAUAUUGCCAAUAUUGAUGAGUUGCGUUCCUGGGACGACUUUACUAAAAGAUAGUUCAUUCGAUUACAUGAAAUCAACCCCAACUCAAGAAUAUCCGCCACAAAAAAUCAUAUUAUGUGAUCUGUCUUUAAAAAGACAAGCAAAUGCAACGAUGGCAUUAAAGAUUCCAUGGCUAGAUUCCAUUAAAGAUGGCUAGAGAUUCCAAAGUAAAUCACGAGCGAAAACCAGGAAAAAACCUUGUGAUACUAUCACGACAUCGCUAUCUCCAACAAGAAGAAAACAAAAUGGAAAUGAUUAAGACUCUAAUUGGACAUUCAUAUUACGAUAGCAAUUAUAUGGGUACACACGAUGAAGGAAAAACAAUAAACCAAAAAAUGAAAGUUGCGACUGGACGAAGAUCUUACAGAUGUGAAAUUUGUUUUAAGCAGUUUACUACAGUCAGUCAUUUUAAAAGACAUUUAAGAGUGCACACUGGAGACAAUCCGUACAAGUGUGCUAUUUGUUAUAAGCAGUUUACUGAUAGAAGUAAUUUAACAACACAUUUGAGAGUGCACACUGGAGAGAAACCUUACAAGUGUGAAAUUUGUUUUAAGCAGUUUACGCGAUCGGAAAAUUUGAAAACACAUUUGAGAGUGCAUACUGGGGAAAAACCUUAUAAGUGUGAAAUUUGUUUUAAGCAGUUUACUACAAACAGUGAUUUGAAAACACAUUGGAGAAUGCACACUGGCGAAAAACCUUACAAGUGUGAAAUUUGUUUUAAGCAGUUUACGCGAUCGGAAAAUUUGAAAACACAUUUGAGAGUGCAUACUGGGGAAAAACCUUAUAAGUGUGAAAUUUGCUUUAAGCAGUUUACUACAAACACUAAUUUGAAAACACAUUUGAGAGUGCACACUGGGGAGAAACCUUAUAAGUGUGAAAUUUGUUUCAAGCAGUUUAGUGGAGCAGGUAGUUUGAAAACACAUUUGAGAGUACAUACGGGGGAAAAACCUUAUAAGUGUAAAAUUUGCUUUAAGCAGUUUAAACAAUCGGUAAAUUUGAAAAUACAUUUGAGAGUGCAUACUGGGGAAACACCUUACAAGUGUGAAAUUUGUUUUAAGCUGUUUAGUGGAGUAGGUAAUUUGAAAAAACAUUUAAGAGUGCACACUGGAGACAAUCCGCACAAUGUUGUUGUUGCACAUUGUUUUAAGCAGUUUACUGAUAGAAGUAAUUUAACAACACAUUUGAGAGUGCACACUGGAAAGAAACCAUUAAAGUGUGAAAUUUGUUUUAAACAAUUUAGUGAAGCAGGUAAUUUGAAAAGACAUUUGAGAGUGCACACUGGGGAGAAACCUUAUAAGUGUGAAAUUUGUUUUAAGCAGUUUACUACAAACACUAAUUUGAAAACACAUUUGACAGUGCACACUGGGGAGAAACCUUAUAAGUGUGAAAUUUGUUUCAAGCAGUAUACGCGAUCAGAAAAUUUGAAAUCACAUUUGAGAGUGCAUAAUGGGGAAAAACCCUAUAAGUGUGAAAUUUGUUUUAAGCAGUUUACUACAAAUACUUAUUUGAAAACACAUUUGAGAGUACACACUGGUGAGAAACCUUAUAAGUGUGAAAUUUGUUUCAAGCAGUUUCGCCAAGCAGAUAAUUUGAAAACACAUUUGAGAGUACAUACGGGGGAAAAACCUUAUAAGUGUGAAAUUUGUUUCAAGCAGUUUCGCCAAGCAGAUAAUUUGAAAACACAUUUGAGAGUACAUACGGGGGAAAAACCUUAUAAGUGUGAAAUUUGUUUUAAGCAGUUUAAGCAAUCAGAAAAUUUGAACACACAUUUGAGAGUGCAUACUGGGGAAAAACCUUACAAGUGUGAAAUUUGUUUUAAGCUGUUUAGUAGAGAAGGUAAUUUGAAAAGACAUUGGGGAGUGCACUCUGGCGAAACACCAUAAAAGUGUGAAAUUUGUUUUAAGAAGUUUACUACAGCAAAUUAUCUAAAAAUGCAUUUUUUGAGAUUGUGCACACUGGAGUUAAAUUGUGCAAGUGUAAAAUUUGUUUUAAGCAGUUUCUUACAGCAAGUAAUUUGAAAACACAUUUGUGAGUACACACUGGAGAAAACCCUUACAAGAGUGAAAUUUGUUUUAAGCAGUUUAAUUUUAGCAAGUCAUUUGAAAACACAUUUGAGAGUGCACACUGGAGAAAAACUGUAUAAGCGUAAAAUUUGUUUUUUAUGUGUAUUUAAUUGUAAGUUUCGGAAUUGCUUGGCAACGUUACGUUGGACUGUCAACGGUGACGUAUGACAGGUAACCGGAAAAUGGAAGGAGGGUCAUCUCUCAUCUCUGUAUAAGAUAUUUUAUAAUAAAGUAGUUAAAGUAGCA